UUUGAGACCCAGCUGUAGACCGAAGGUUACAUCUAAACAGAACAGAUCCAAAGAGGCACGGUUAGAUCAGACACAGCAGAGCUGAUCAGAGAGGAUGGCUGCACCUCAGAAAGGAGAUCUGUCAGCAUCUGAGAGGAAGAUCCUGCAAGUUAUCGCUGCUGGUGAUGUACAGGAGGCCACCCAGCUGCUUGCUAGCAAAGAAGUACGAGUCAACUGUUUGGAUGAGUAUGGCAUGACUCCACUGAUGCAUGCAGCAUAUAAGGGCAAAGCCGAUAUGUGUCGUUUGCUGCUGCAGCAUGGGGCCGAUGUAAACUGCAACCAACACGAAUAUGGAUACACUGCUCUCAUGUUUGCUGGCCUCUCAGGGAAAACAGACAUCACCUCCAUGAUGCUGGAUGCAGGAGCAGAGACCGACCUGAUGAAUUCUGUGGGUCGCACUGCUGCUCAAAUGGCAGCAUUUGUAGGCCAGCAUGACUGUGUGACAGUGAUCAACAACUUCUUCUCUCGGGCAAGGCUAGAGUACUACACCAGACCACAGGGGCUGGAUAGGGAGCCCAAGCUGCCACAAAGUCUGGCAGGGCCCCUACACAAGAUCAUCAUGACCACCAACCUCAACCCAGUCAAGAUAGUCAUGCUGGUGAAGGAGAACCCUGUGCUAGUGGAUGUGGCAGCUCUGGAGAAGUGUUACCAGGUGAUGGACCUGCUGUGUGAGCAGUGUGUGAAGCAGCAAGAUAUGAAUGAGGUCCUGGCCAUGAAGAUGCACUACAUCAGCUGUGUGUUUCAGAAAUGCUUGGCAUUUCUACAGAAACAGGAUGACAAACUAGAUGCACUUGUCAAGAGUCUUUUGAGGGGGAGAGAUAGUGAUGGCUUCCCACAGUACCAGGAGAAGUUCAUUCGGGACUGCAUCAGGAGAUUUCCUUAUUGUGAGGCCACACUACUUCAGCAGCUGGUGAGGAGCAUUACACCGGUAGAGAUUGGCAAUGACCCCACAGCAUUCUCAGUGCUGACCCAGGCCCUGACAGGUCAGAUGGCAUUUGUUGAUGCUGACUAUUGUGCUACAUGUGGGGAAAGGGGAGCAAACAAGAGGUGCUCCCUUUGUAAAGCAGUGACUUAUUGCAGUUUGACCUGCCAAAAGCUUCAUUGGUUCACCCAUAAAAAGAUGUGCAGAUCUCUGCAAGAGCAGAGUGUUGGUCUGGAUAAGGACACUCCAAGGUUGAAAGAAUUAAAAGAUGAUGAAAGCGAUUUGAUGAUGGAGACGGCCAACUUCCUGCAGGAGCUGUGUCUGCGAGCCGAGGAGAAGGUGGCUGCUGCUGGAGGCUGUCCUUCAGAGCUUCUUGCUUCUGCCUCUACCUCUGCUGAGGGGCCAUCUUGCACCCAGGACUGAGGCAGGACAACCAAACACAGAUCCUGAACCUAACCUGCUCGCUAUCAGGUUUUCUUGACAACUACUUAGUAGAACUUUACCGUUUCUCUCACAAUCUAUCACAUAUCUGAACAAUAUUCUCCUACCUUAUUUCCAGCAUUAUAAUAUCACGGACAUGCUCCGACCAUAUCAUAGUAUUCACAUUGCCCUUUUUUUUUCAGAAAAGAAUUUUCUGUACAACAAGUUGAAGUAGCCACUGAGGUUUUCUUUGUUUAACAUGUGGAAUCUGAUUAAAACCAUAUGCCCUACCUAUCUUCACUA